AUGUUCCGACUAUUCGGGAACCUAUGGUUAGAUGACCCACCAGAAAGCGUAUUGACGGCUCUCGACGGUAUUCUACCACUUGUCCAUAAUUUCGAGCAGAACAUCACCCAAGGCAAGUACACUCUGGAUGCACCAACCCCUACUUGGUCCAUGGAUGCCGCGUUCGAACACUACCGGGAGAAAGAAGAUGCAUGGUGGAAGUCACAUAACGUUGAGCGCCCUCGCGAAUAUCUUGUCCAUCCAUCCGGCCGCCUUGAUGCCCCAGUGGCAUGCCAUCUUUUCAAUCCAACAUUCACAGUUGACGACCCUUGUCACGGUGAAAUAGGUGACACGUCAAAUCCUUGUAUCGCACAGCUUCACGAUGUUGGCUUUUCCGCCGAUAACUGUCUGAUGUUCGACCAUUCAGCUCGAAGAGAGGACAGCAGACAUUGCAGGGUGCUUUAUCCGCCGGAUCUUUGGGAUAUCCAUGAAGAAUUCGUGAUGGCUCUCCGGUCCCAUAUGACAGCGGUGGUGGAAAUUUGCUGGGGGGCGAAUGUACGCGAGCGAAUGCUCAAGUGCUUACAGAACAAUCUACGCAUCUUACCCCUUUGGGGUCAUUACAAAGGUAUCACCCUGUACCUGGAGCUUGGUGAGGAUAAAAAGUCUGUCAGGCGUUUUAUCGUUUUUGCCAACCACCCCCAAUUUUUCAUGUUUAUGAAAGGAAUGAACGUUCGGGCUCAGGCGUUCCGAACAGAGCAAGGGGGGAGACAAGACUUACUGCUGGGGGUAGCUUCUCGCCUAGGGAAUAUUGCCAUCAACGCAAACUUUUACAAGCUUAGUCCCCUACUGCUUCGACCAUUUCGGCCAGCAAAAGCGAUCCGGGAGCAAAGAGACGCCUGGAAAGGCCAAGCCUAUGCGGAGCUCAAAGCCGCCUUCCCAGGGACAGCAUUUAUCUCUUCGGUUAAGGGAACGCUUGGUCUCUCUCGAAAGGACCACAAGGAGUUGCAGGACACAAGGCUCCCUGUGAUCGAACACACUUUGAAGGCACCUGAUACAGAAGAAGCUCGUCUUCAAAAUGUCGCCCAGUUUUGGGGAGAGCUACAUGACCUAGCUGUUAUGUUUAUGCCUGAUGCAUCUUUCAACUUUGCAGACAGGGUCGAAUGUCAGCAGCUGAUCACAAUCAUCGAGGCAUCCGAGGGAGAGCUUUACCACUGGGAGGAGCUUCCAGGCAGCUUAGCUGGGUUGAUUCAGACGCAAGACGGACUCCGAAUCGAUCAGCACCCGAUAAUUUCACGCAAAGGGGCCGAGACUGCUUAUCGCCUUCUUCAUUGUAAAGGCAGCCCAGAGAGUUUCAGCAUCGUUGGGCUUGCCUUGUCUAUUCUGAUUGCAUAUGCUUGGAACAUCCGUCGCACACCGAGAGGGACCGUCAUUGACUUGAUGGUUCUCAGAGCACCACCAAAAUGCAUUGUUCCUCGGGCAUGCUCUGCCUGUCAAGGAAGAGUAUUAGAUGACUCUUUUGCGUAUUACGCCAAGAACAACCUGGAUUACUAUGUCGUCAAAAGUUCCCAGACAGGCUGCGGGCUCAUUGGCUGCACAGGAGGUCGUGUACUUCUCCAUCCUUUGAAGGGAUGUCAAAAUUACGUGCGCGCACUGAAGGAAAAACUGGAAAAUAUCCCCAAUCCCCAUCUCCGUGGGGGUGCUCAAUGGGAGAAAUAUUUUCUUCGCCAUGGCCAAGAUGAGCUUGGAGAGAUCCCUCGGACAGUUGAGCUCAAAUGCCCACAUAAAGGGUGCAAAGGCACUCUAGAGGACGAUGCUCCCAGAUGGACAAUUCAUCCAGUUCCGACAGUUGUGCUUCGUCAAUUUACAUGUCCAGAUUGUCGACGCAAGGGUGACUGGAAACCCGCGAAUACUGCGAUCAAGUAUAUUACCAGUGAAAGCCUUAGUCGCACCUGGAGCCGGUUCAAGAAGAAAGGAUGUGACCUAACACAAUAUCCACGACGGGCAGAUGUGUACUUUGCCCAGGGCCACAUAACUAUUCGAAUUGCGCAGCUCAAGGAGGCCAAGAGGCUCACAGAUGAGAACAUUGCAAACUAG